CAGGGAGGGCAUCGCGGAGGCUGGUGCUGGUGGUGGUGUUCGUGGCGCUGCUGCUGGACAACAUGCUGCUGACGGUCGUGGUACCGAUCGUCCCCACCUUCCUCUAUGCAACAGAAUAUGAAGGUGCCAACAGCUCUGCUGCCCCAGCUCAGACUGAAACAGCUCCUCCAGCCCUGAAAGCUCCUCCUUUCUCCUCCAUGUUCUCCUAUUUUGACAACACCACGGUGAUAGUCUUGGUCUCCACCAGUGCUGCGGAGCUGGUGAAUGGGACAGAGCGCAGCAUCCCACCACAGCCCCCUGCGAGCAUCCCCCCGUCACCGAGCAGCUGCCCGGAUGGUGAGGAGUUCCUUGCCAAGGAAAACACCCGUGUGGGGCUGCUGUUUGCUUCCAAGGCUCUGGUACAGCUGAUGGUCAACCCGGCCGUGGGUCUCCUGACCAACAGGAUAGGAUACCACAUCCCCAUGUUCAUCGGGUUUGUCAUCAUGUUCCUCUCUACAGUCAUGUUUGCCUUCUCAGGCACCUACACCCUGCUGCUCCUUGCCCGAGCCCUCCAAGGCAUUGGGUCAUCGUUCUCAUCAGUCGCAGGCUUGGGCAUGUUGGCCAGCGUGUACCUGGACGACUUCGAGAGGGGCAACGCGAUGGGCAUCGCUCUUGGAGGCUUGGCCCUGGGUGUGCUGAUCGGGGCCCCCUUUGGGAGUGUGAUGUAUGAAUUCGCAGGGAAAUCGUCUCCCUUCCUGGUCCUGGCAUUCCUUGCCCUGUUGGAUGGAGCUUUGCAGCUCUGCACACUGCAGCCCUCCAAGGUCUCCCCCGAGAGCACCAAGGGCACACCAGUGCUCACCCUGCUGCAAGACCCCUACAUCCUGGUUGCUGCAGGAGCCCUCUGCUUCUCCAACAUGGGGGUGGCCAUGCUGGAGCCCACCUUGCCCAUCUGGAUGAUGCAAACCAUGUGCUCCCCAAAGUGGCAGCUAGGGAUGGCAUUCCUCCCUGCCAGUGUAUCCUACCUCAUCGGCACCAACCUCUUUGGGAUUCUGGCUAACAAAAUAGGCCGGUGGCUGUGCUCCCUGAUCGGCAUGGCUGUGGUGGGAAUUAGUCUCCUUUGUGUACCUCUGGCCAAAACGAUUUAUGGGCUGAUUGUGCCAAACAGCGGGCUUGGCUUUGCCAUAGGCAUGGUGGACUCCUCAAUGAUGCCCAUCAUGGGCUACCUCGUGGACCUUCGCCACACCUCCGUCUACGGCAAUAUCUAUGCCAUAGCUGAUGUCGCCUUCUGCAUGGGCUUUGCAAUUGGCCCAUCCACAGGCGGUGCGAUCGCACGAGCUAUCGGCUUCCCCUGGCUGAUGGUCAUCAUCGGUGUUAUCAACAUUGCCUAUGCUCCUCUGUGCUGGUACCUGCGCAACCCCCCUGCUAAAGAGGAGAAGAUUGCAAUCUUAAGCCAGGAAUGUUCCAUGCAAACCAAAAGCUACACGGCCCAAAAGACCCUGCAUGAUUUCCCUCUCGCAGACGACAGCGAUGUGGAGGCAGAACAUGCGGAAUAG